AUGGUCCUAUUGCUAAAAAGUAUUCUUGAGCAUUCGGUACAUUUAAAAAGUAUUAGAUUAAGGUUUCUGGUGUCUGGUCAUAGUUUCCUACCGAACGAUAGCGACUUCGGUGACGUAGAAUGCGCGAUUAAGAGACAAAAUAAAGUAUUUUGCCCUGAAGAUUACAUAAACAUCAUGAAAACAUGUAAAAAGAAGCGACCCAUUGACGUUCAUGAAAUAAAAAAAGAUGAUUUCGUUAGCACUAGGGCAUUAGAAAAAGUGAUAAUGACUACCCGAAAGCCUUUCGGAGAAUUGUCGAAAAGCCAAAAAAAUCGGCGAUUAAAAAGAGACAAGAAUGGAUCACUAUUGCAACAAAUUCCUUCUCCACUGCUAACGAGGCAUGAUGUGAAUAUUUUUUCUGAUGAUAAACAAGAUACUGCUGAUUGUACAAGUUUUAAUAAUUUCACAUUGCCAGAAAAUUUCAUUGAACACCAAGAUGAUAUUAUUUCUGAUGAUAAUGGUGUUGAUUUUAUUCAAAUGGGAAUUAGUGACCGCGUUUUAACUGUGAAAGAUGUCGAUGUUGGUUAUUCUGUGCAUUGCACAGUGUGCAAACUAAAAUUAUUGAUCCUGAUACAACAAUUGAUUUAA